AUGCUCGACAUCGUGAACAGCAAUGCUCUUGUGAUGCUGAUGAGCAUUUUGAAGGACAACGACUCAAUUGCGUCUUCUCAGUUGUUAGUUCCUGCGUUUCUUGCUCUGAUACGUUUGUCAAAAGACCCACAAAUUGCUCAGCAACUUGUUAAAUUAAAUGCAUCGGCAAUUCUAGCGUCAUUUUUUACGCAGUCGGACCCAAAAUUACACGCGGCUGCUUGCCUCACGUUGGGCAACGUGGCGCUCAAUCCAUUAGCUGCUGAAGCUGUUUCUUCUUCGGACAUUGUAAGCGCAGCAUUAAACUUGCUUAGAAGCCCAUACGAUGCUAUUAAACGUGUCGCCAGCACUUGCGUGGCUAAUAUAGCCAGUAGUGUUCAGGGUCGGCGCCAGAUUAUUGAUCUUGACGGUGUGAUCCUUGUGGGUGAGCUACUGCACGACAAGUACAGCGACCCGCUACGCAGUGCAGCAGCUUUCGCACUGGGAAACAUUAUUUCUGGAGGGGAAAUUGACGCCCAAGAUUUGCUUCGUCAAAGUGGGGCGUUGGCAGCUCUCGUAUUGUUGCUGUCGCCGAUUUACGAUGAAGAUGUAAAUAGCAGCGCUGCCUGGGCUUUGCAUCAUGGCGUACACCGUAAUGUGGCAAGCCAGUCACUCGUUGCAGAGGCUGGAGGACUGGCGAUGUUGGUGCAGCAUCUUGCCACUGGAGCGUCAGAGUCGCUCCAGGCAAAUGCAUUGCUCGCGUUGGAGAGUGCAGUGAUUAUGAAUGAUCACAACUUGGAUUGGUGUCGAAUCAACAACGCUAUUGAAGUGCUUCAGCGUGUUCAGGAAACGGAUAACGAUGCGAUGAAUGCAUACGCCAAGCAGGCUCUAAUUUCGCUUCUUAACCAUUUGUAA